AAUUCCUACCCAAACCAAACAAAACCGUUAAUUAACAUAAAAAAAAAAAACAAACAAACAUGAUGGAUCCAGGAACCGUCCCCACACCACCACCACCAACCACCACAACCCCACCGUCAUCCGGCGCCUUACAUUCAACAGACACACCAGCAGCAGCCAUACAACGGUGGGGUUUAGUUAUAUCACAGCGUUAUCAACACCUCCUUGACAAGUCAACGCCUUUUUUACUUUACCGGUGGAUCGGUUUCUUUGUGAUCGCCGUUAUAUACACUAUUCGGGUUUUAGUAGUUCAUGGGUUUUAUGUGGUGUCUUAUGCUUUAGGGAUUUAUAUUUUGAAUCUUUUGAUUGGCUUUUUAUCUCCUCAGGUUGAUCCUGAAUUUCAGGAUGAUGGCCCUGUUUUGCCUUCUACAAACUCCGAUGAGUUUCGCCCCUUUGUUCGCCGUCUUCCUGAGUUUAAAUUUUGGUACUCAAUAACAAAAGCCUUCUGCAUUGCUUUCGUGCUGACAUUCUUCUGGGCAUUUGAUGUGCCUGUUUUUUGGCCUAUACUCCUUUUUUACUGGGUUAUCUUAUUUACUCUCACCAUGAAGAAGCAGAUACUGCAUAUGGUCAAAUACAAAUAUGUCCCAUUUUCAAUUGGAAAACAGAGGUACGAUGGAAAGAAGGCAACUUCAACUGAGGGUGCAAGUCUUCUUCCUAGAGACUGAGUGUGAAAGAUUUCAUAGUUUUCAACUUUCAUCUCCUGUGCUACCCUCCCAACACACACCUUAGUAGGGAUUGCAGUUAGCCAUAACUUUUAAAUAUUUUGGUCUUUCAGAAAGUAUCAUCUCGUACAGGUUUUUUUUUAUUGACGGUAUCAACAUAGACAAAUGAAGCUUCGUUUUUUGUAAGAGCUGCACAUUUUAAUAUCAUGAACAUGUGGAAAUCUUACUGCAUUAACUUUUUUCAUCA